AGGUAAGUUGGCAUGCAAAGAGAGAGCUAUAUAUUCUGACGCAAAUUUGAGACGCAUUCAUUUCUGUAACUGAUUUAAAGCUCUGUCGUGAUGAGAACCAAAUUUCCAGGCAACACAACACGUCUCUAUAUCUACAAUUAAGGUGAAUUGGAAUUUACGGAAACAAUGGGUGCAGCCGAGUCAACAGUCGGAUCAGGUGAAUUUGAUUUAAUGGGAGCAAUGGGUGCACUCCAGUCAAGAUUCAGAUCAGGUGAUCGUGUAACAAUGUCCGGUGACAUAAGUUCAUUAAGGACGUUACAAGAAGGACAUGGAGGAUGGUGCCUUGGUAUGGAAUUCUUCAUAGGUAAAGUUGGUAUUGUUGAAGGUGUAGAUAUUACAGGCGAUGUGUUAGUGAAAUACGCAAAUCAUAAUAACCAAAUAUUGUGCUUAAAUCCGAAAGCUCUAAAAAAGAGUCAAGAAUUUUCUAUAGGUGAUAGUGUCAAGAUAAUUGAAGGUAUUCAAAGAGUUAAAGAAUAUCAGGAAGGACAUGGCGAGUGGAAUGAUAAGAUGGCAUCGAUAUUAGGAAAAACCGCCAAAGUAAUGCUGGUGUUACCGAACGAUGAUUUACUUGUGUUGAUGCCUGGAGGUAUGUGGCGCCUCAAUCCUAAAUGCUGUGAAAAAGUUAGCAACAGCGAUGAUAGUGAGCGUGGCACUGGACUGGGAAAUCUUCUGCAAAAGCUCCUUCUCGAAAAUCUUGGAACCCCACCUCUUGAUGGGUUUGUAAAGGAUGCUGCUAGAGGUAAUAUACAGAAUGUGCGAGAAUUCAUCAAAAACCAACGAAGUGAAAUUGAUGUAAAAAGUUCUAACAGAACGGCCCUACAAGUUGCCAGUGGUAAGGGCCAUGAAGACAUUGUAUUGAUGCUGCUGGAAGCCGGGGCAGAUUUAGAGAUACAAGACGAUGACGGAGACACAGCUCUUCAUUAUUCAUCAUACCGCGAUCAGCCAGAAGUAAUGGAAAUACUUUUGUCAAAAGGAGCCAACAUUAAGGCUGUAAAUGACAAGCAUUUUACUGCACUUCAUAUAGCAGUGAGCAGUGAGUCUGUCAAGUGUGUUCGAGUAUUACUUAAGCAUUCAGCUGCGGUUAAUAUUCAGGAUUCCAACGGAAACACGCCACUACACCUCGCUAUCAUGAAGGAGAACGACAAAAUCUUUGAUAUGUUAAUCAGUGACUCCAAAAUUGAUUUCACAAUACGUAACAAACGAGGCUUCAAUGCUUUACACCAUGCAGCAUUCAACGGAAAUAAUUUUGCAACUGAAAGGAUUCUGGAGAAACACCGUGACAUUGUCGAUGUUAAGAAAGAUGACGGUUUUACUGCAUUACACGUCGCUGCUGUAAAUGGGCGCAAAGAUAUUAUUAAAACACUCCUCACUGUGGGACAAGCGCAGAUAGACAUUCGAUGCACCAGUCAAAUGACGCCGCUUCACUUAGCUGUGAGAGAGUGCUAUAUGGGUUCGAUUGAAUUAUUGAUAUCAAAAGAAGCCGAUAUCAAUGCCAAAGACGAUGAUGGCGACACUUGCUUACAUCUGGCCGUCUCAAAUAGGAAAAUCACUCCUCGUAAAGAUUCAGAAAUACUAAAAAAAGUUCGCACUCAAUUCAAUUUAGGCAAAGACGAACCCGAUUGGUUUGUUAUAGCCUGUUAUUUAGUAUUUCAUGGAGGAAAACGUUAUCAUGAAAACCACCGAGGUAAAACGCCAUUGGACAUCAUAAAGGACGAAUCAUUAAGAGAGAAACUGAGGAAUUUUGCUUUGAAAUCAACAAGUGCACAGCCAAAGAAGGAUCAUGCUGCAGAACCACAAAGUGAUACCAGAGAGUGUUGGCUCUGUUCUGAUAAACAGGCCAUCGUAUCAUUCAAGCCAUGCAAUCAUGUAUUGCUCUGUGACGACUGCUUUAAAAAGGCUACUAUCAAAAAGUGCUUGAAGUGCAGAGAGCCUAUAGAAGGCACAAUUACAAUUCAAGGUAAACAUUAGAGCGACGUGGACCUGAUAACGAAGUUUAUUUGAUUCGAUCUUGUAGUGUGGUAUUUGAUUGUUGUCACAUCAUUUGCACAGAGUGCGGAGACCUUUUGAAGGAGUAAACCAAUUUAGAAGAAAUUAAAUCUGUUCUAGAUCGAUACGAUUUACUUUGUUUAACGGUUUUAUUGUGACGUUUUAAAUUUAAUCCUUUUGUUCACUUGAAAUGAUUCCUAUAUAACAUACAAAUAUUUUCAGCUUAAAUAUAAAACCUAUAUAUAAUAUAUAUUUAGUUUAAAGACAAAAUGUCUAUAAGAAAAUUAUUAAUUUGACAUUUGUUUUGAUUUUUAGAGUAACAAAUAUUACAUUAUGUGCUAAUUAACGAUUAUAGUUUUAAUAAACAUAGUUGAUGAUAUUAUAACAGAGUUGAAGCUUCAUUAUAUAUCUUAAAUGUAGUAUUUGAUGAUUUCUAAUAUAAUCUUUAUAAAGCUAUUUCUUUACAUAACGAAUAUUAUUAAUGAAAUAUGGAUAAGAUGAUAUAAUAAAACGAUUUAUAUAUAAACAUUCCUCAUACUUCUUAAUGAUUUUACAUGAAAUAAAUGUAGUUAUUCAGAAA